AUGCCUCCUUCACGAAAACGCAGCCGUCUGACAAGGAAGUCGAAGUCCAAGAAGAGUGUUGGGACGAGAAACCCAGAAACGCCUCCCCAAAGUCAAGCGGAAACUAGCUCGGAGCCUCUAACACGCCCGCAUGCCGCAUUCAAUGUCCUGACAGUGUCAUCACGGAAUGCCACACAAGCUUCACUUGCAAAUUUAGGCCAGAAUCCUUUCGAACAUGGAAAGAAACAAGACCACGAAGAGCCAGCUUCCCCUCAUGCCCAAAAAAAGGUAGGGUACGCACCUUUACAUGACCCGCCACUGGUCCUGCCAGAGUGCCCAACCAACGAGGAAAAGUAUUGUUAUUUGCAUACCAAUCGUGUUCCACUCUACAUCUUCGGUAUCUUUGCAUUUUUUAGCCUGUCGGCUGGCAUGUGGCUCUUCACUGUCUGCGACUAUAUCUUUGCCUGGUUUGGACUCUUCGUGUUCCUCUUGCAGGCGUAUUUGAUGGUUUCAUAUUUUGUUGGUAUAGUCGGCCGAGACUGGGAUUUCGAAAGCCACAAGCAGGUGUUGCUGAGUUAUGUCAUCACGGCGACGAAUGCACCAACGGCUGACAUCUACUUGCCAUGCUGUUCCGAGGACCUUACAAUUCUUGAGAACACAUACAAGCAUGUUCAAAACCUGGAAUAUCCCCAGGACAAGUUGAAAGUAUAUGUGAUGGACGACGGCAACAAGGCGGAGGUGAAGGAGAUAGCGGAGAGAUUCUGCCCCCGACCAGAUUUCCUUAGUGAAUUAAUCCCAGAACAUCUCGCCGACGACAAGACGGCCAUCAUCCAGACGCCGCAGUUCUUCCGGGUGGGCAGCAACCAAACUUGGGUCGAGCAAGGCGCGGGAGUUACGCAGGAACUAUUUUACCGCGUAGUACAAGUGAAUCGCAACCGCUGGGGAGCAUCCAUCUGCGUCGGCAGCAACGCCGUCUACCGUCGUGCAGCUCUGGAAGAAGUUGGCGGCACCGCGGAGAUUGGUUUCUCCGAGGACGUCCAUACUGGGUUUGGAGCCGUCAACCGAGGGUGGAAAGUCAAAUACAUUCCCCUUUGUCUUGCCACGGGUGUUUGUCCGGAUACUCCACGGUCCUUCUUGUCGCAGCAGAUGCGGUGGUGCAUGGGAUCUACAACGCUACUGAGCAACCCCGAGUUCUGGAAAUCGAAGCUUACGUUUAUUCAGAAAGUAUGCUACUUGUGCGGGUUCAUGUACUACUCCGCCGUCGCGCUCUCCAUCUUCGUCUCGUCAAUCCCAGGUAUCCUGCUUCUUUGGUUCCGCCCCAUCUACUUCAAAUACUAUAACCUUGCGUUCGCUGUCCCAUCGAUCGCGUAUGGGCUGAUUGUGUUCCACUUUUGGGCGAAGGCGAGCUUCGGUUUCAAUGUCCAGCAUAUCAUGGUAAUCCAAUCUUACGCGUACUUAACAGCAAUCAAGGACAAGAUCUUCGGUAAGACACUCCAGUGGGUGCCGACGGGUGACGCUAGAGCACACAAGAGCAACAAGUACCGCAACAUGCGUAUCUUAUGCUGGAUGUGGACGCUGACGGUGUUGGGAGCGCUGGUGGGGGCCGUGACGUAUCGGGUUGGAUUCAAAGGGAUGGUGUGGUAUAAUACACUCCCACUCAUCAUUCUGAAUGUGUAUAAUGUAUAUCUGGCGCAUCCAUUUCUGUUUCAUACUUGAGCAGAAUAAGAAAGGGUGGAUGGGAGGUUGACGAAUUAAAAAGGUGAACGGGGUAGAAAGCGGAUAGAUGACUCGUAGUAUACU